AAAAGGCCCCAGGGGGCUGAGGCGUCCAGUGGGCCUCUGCGGCUUGCGCUCUAGAACACGCGCGUCUCUGCUUUGUGGGCCUCUUGUGAACGUCGAGAGCCAGAGAUCUGCGGCUUUUGAGUGACGGCCGGAAGUGGGGCGACUUGCGGUUGAGCGGGAGGAAGAGGCAGCGGCGUCGGUGAAGCGCCUGUCUGAGGUAACCAAGAAUCAGUUCCCCUUCGGCGUAGGCUGCGGAUGCCCGGAGAGCUGCCGGCCGCGCUAGGGGCCGUUGCAAGGUGGCUGGAGGCGAGACGGUCAUAUCUCGUGGCCGAGCGGCCGGACCCUGCGGCAGACUGUCUUGGGCGAGGGCGGUCGUCAGGCCCUGGAGGCCACUCUUUUCGCCUUUUGCGCAGAUAGGUCCGGGCCAGCGGCGGGGGCACGCUCGUACACUGUCCGCUUGCACAGUGCUCAUGAAGCCCGAUUGUCCUCCAGGAAUGUUCACGUUCCCGCCUCUGCUGGCGUGUGGUUUUUUUGUUUGUUUGUUUUUUUCCGGGGCUGUUGUUAACCUCCAGAGAACCGCAGUUCAGCGUCAGAUGCAAAAGGCCCCGUGGCCUCCUGAGCCAGAGUGGGCAGCAAGGAGCCGGCCAUUUGUGAAUAACGUGGCAUCCUGGACAGAAUCUUAGUGCCGGUUCUGCUGCAUCAAGGAGAGUGAGACUCAAAAGUCUCUAUUCAGCCUCCCUUAGAAGUCUAAAGACCCUUGAAACGUAAAAGCAGCAGAAGGGUCACCCUAAUCAUCACCAGCUGCCAUUCUCCCCCCUUUUUAUGACUUGAUAUUUGGACAAGCAUUUUGUAAAGAAAAGUCGGCUGUAAUUUUUCCUAGGUCAAGUAAACAAAUUUAAAAAUACGGGUAUAAAUAUUUUAAGUAGUUCUCUUUAUACAUCUUGCAAAGAAGUACCAAAGAAGAAUUUGAGCAUCUAGUUACUUAAUUGUGGGAUGUUUUCUGAGAAGAAAAAGGCUAUUUUUUCUCUAAUUGCUUUCCUUCUACCCUGUUCUCCGUGUCCCAGCUCUCAUUCCAGUAUUUAUACAAGAAAAGGAGAGUCUCAAAUGUUCCAUGAAUUGAAGGCUUCCAUCAUCACAAGAGGAUUAAGAGUCAUAGAAGUUGUACCCUUAUUAAAAGCAGAAUACUAGGAUGAUAUUUUAAAAUGUAAGAGAAACUUAGAAUGUUUUCCUAAUCUUCUUUGACAUGGGGAAAAUGUGAUAGAAAGCACAUGAAUGAACUCUGGAUAAUCCCCCUCUUUGGAGCCAGUGGGUGUCAGUUCUCUCACCCACCAACCUUCCCUGAUUCGUAGAAGCAGUCAUUAAUUGACAUUUGUCUUCAACGAUCUGUGCUAUAGAUCAACUGAAUAAUAAAAAGAAAAGGAGAGAAGCAAAGGGCCUGACAGUUGACUUUAAAGACAAGUGCCUUAGGAAGAAGAUCCUUUUAUUGAUUUUAUUCCAGACCACACUGAGCCUCAGUUGUCAAAGGUGGGCCCAACAGGAACAACUGUUCUGGGCAGAAUGAUGACAGUAGAUUUGAAGGUGACUGAAUAUUUGAACUCACAGAUCAGGGCUCUGUGGGAAACCAAGGGGCCUGUAACAGUGGGCUCCACUCAGAGUAAGAAGUAUACCACACAAAUGGACAGUCUCAGUCCUGAGAACUCUCGCCAACACUUCCGGAGUUUCCAUUAUCAUGAAGCAGCUGGACCCCGUGUGGCUGUCGGUCAACUUCAGGAAUUAUGCCGUCAGUGGCUAAGGCCAGACAUACACUCAAAAGAACAGAUCUUGGAUCUGCUGGUGCUAGAGCAGUUCCUGACCAUUCUGCCCAGGGACACCCAGACCCGGAUAAAGAAGCACCACCUACAGAGCAUUGAGGAAGCUGUGACCUUGGUAGACCACUUGCAGAGUGAAUCUGUUCAAACAAGGAAUGGGGUUGCAGUCCAUGUGCUGGGAAAGGAGGCAGUGCUCUUGGGAGAAACAGCAGAGACCUCAGGCUUCAAAUUGAAGCCAGCAGAGGCCCAGCCAGUGGGCAGGUCCCAGGAUGAAGAAAUUUGGAAUGCAUAUGAGGAUCUACAACAACAGCUGAGCAGGAAUACUCUUAAAGAAACUGAGCCUGUGUGUGAGAGGGCUGUACCUGCUCACCAAAUCCUAGAUUCUCCUGAGCAGUUAAAGAACAAACAUUGGACAGUGGCGCCUGAGCUCAUCUUUCCUGAGUCCCAGAGCUUACUGACAUUUGAAGAAGUGGCUGUAUAUUUUUCACGGGAAGAAUGGGAGUUACUGGAUCCCAGUCAGAAGGCUCUCUACAGUGAUGUAAUGAAGGAAAACUAUGAAACUGUCGUCUCUUUAGCUGUGCCUGCUCACCAGACCCUAGUGUUUCCUGAGCAGACAAACACCAAAGAUUGGACGGUGGCGUCUGAGCUCUUCUUGCCUGAGUCCCAGACCUUAUUGACACUUGAAGAAGUGGCCGUGUAUUUUUCAAGGGAAGAAUGGGAGUUACUGGAUCCUGGUCAGAAGGCCCUAUACAAUGAUGUAAUGCAUGAAAACUAUGAAACUGUCAUCUCUCUAGCCUUAUUUGUGCUCCCCAAACCUAAAGUGAUCUCCUGUCUAGAACAAGGGAAAGAGCCAUGGGUUCAAGGAUCCACGGAGUUCAUGGAAAGUCCUGGAGAGCUGCCUAUAGGGUUAAAGCUCAAAAAUGACACUGAAAGUCAUCAGCCUAUUUGUCUUUCUGGCUUAGAAAUAGAAGCACCCAGAGACAUAUCAAAAAAGACCAGAGUAAAAGUUCCCCAGAAAACAACAGUCAAAGAAAAUCAUGGUGAAAUGCACAGAGUGGGGAAAUGGCACCAAGAUUUAACAGUAAAGAAAAAAAAGAAGCUUUCAACCUGGAAACAAGAGUUGCUGAAACUUAUGGAUCGUCACAAGAAAGAACGUGCAGCAGAGAAGCCUUUUAAAUGCCAGGAAUGCGGGAAAAGCUUCAGAGUUAGCUCUGACCUUAUUAAGCACCAAAGAAUUCACACUGAAGAGAAACCAUAUAAAUGCCCACAGUGUGAUAAGAGGUUUAGAUGGAGUUCAGAUCGUAAUAAGCACUUAACAACACACCAAGGAAUAAAACCAUAUAAAUGCUCAUGGUGUGGGAAAAGCUUCAGUCAAAAUACAAAUCUCCACACACACCAAAGAACUCACACUGGAGAGAAGCCCUUUACGUGUCAUGAAUGUGGAAAAAAAUUCAGUCAGAAUUCCCAUCUUAUUAAACAUCGGAGAACCCACACAGGUGAGCAGCCUUAUUCCUGUAACAUAUGCAGAAGAAACUUCAGCAGGCGGUCGAGCCUUCUUAGGCACCAGAAACUCCACCAAUGAAGGGGGAAACUUGUCCAGUGUCAUCACUCAACAAAUUCACCAAGUGGAGUUUGAUGCUAAAGUUUGUGGAAAAAUACAAAAUUAUGAAGCAUGAAUUUUUCAUCUGUGGAAUAUUUGGGGCAAUCAGCAUCAUGUUGCACAGAAAGGAAUCAAAUUUGACUGCAGGGGAUGCAUUAAACUACUUAAUGCAUACUGUACUACUUACUGUUUUUACUUAUAACCUAUAGAGAAUUAGCAAGAUUAGUGUUCUAGGAACAUUCUGAAAAUGGAAAAAGCUGUUUUGGGAUUGUACCUACCAAAAUAUCAAAUUCAGCUUCAAGUAGCAGAUAAAGCCAUGAAUCAGUCUUCUGUGGCCACAGAGGUAAACAGUGUUGGUUUUGCAUUGAUCUCCCCAGCCACUCUUAAACACAAGCAACAGAAACAUUUGUAGCAUCAUCUUCCAAAACAAAAAGCAAUAAUAUGCUCAUUUAAUUUUAUACCAUUGUCUCUAAGGUAGCAAGAUUAACAGUUUCAAUAGUCUCAUGGGACAGAAAUGAAUUCUAAUGUAAAGUUUGCUAAGAACCAAAUUGGAUUUUCCUCCUUUCUUGUCAGUUGCCAUUGUGUAAGUUUUUUCUUGAACUUUUUAGCAACUUGAGCUAAGUCAUAGUAGCACAAAUUUUACUUUAAGGAAAUCAUGUUUACUUCACCACUAGAGAAUUUGCCCGAUAACUAAUAAUGCACUAUCUUUCCUUUCAUUGGUGGUUUUUUUUUUGUUUUUUUUUUUGAAAAAAGGGAAAACAUUUCUAAUGAGAUUAUAUGGAAACAUGUUGGGAUUUUUAGCCAUGGAAUAAUAUAUUAGAUGUAAAGAAGAAUUUUCUGCAAUAAAAGAAAUGACUUUCCUUCCCUCACAAUAUCAAUAGGAUAAAAUAGCCAUAAAAAUUAGCACUUUCCUGAGGCCUAAAAGAAAUUUAAUGGGAAUCUAGGUUUAACUUCUCAGGAUUUUGUUUGUUUGCUUUUUCAUUUGGCUUUUGUUAUUAAGAAUCAGGAGAGACUUAUGUGUCUGUGAAGUAUAGUGUGUGCUGUAGACAGCAUUCUGUGGUUUGCUGUGUAUGGUGACCAGGGAAUCCAUUCAGCAGGAAACCAGGUUUCCAAAAGGACAGUUUUGGGAACUGAUGCAGAGUGGUUGGCAAAAAUGAAUCAGUUCACAUCCAUAUGGGUUGUCUUACACUGUAAACUAUUAAGCAGGGUCUGCCUGUAUUCUCUUCAGAGCAGCAUUUAGUAGCCUUGAGUGAUGUUUGACACUGCUGAAAACCUAUAGACUGUGGACAUUCUUAUAACUCACCCUUUAUUUCUACUUUUGACUCAAAUGUAUUCUUGUUAGAGCUUUCAGGGAUUAAAUUAUCUCUUCAAAAUCUAUUUGAUAAAUGAGGAAAUUAAAGCACAAACUUCUGUUUAGCUGUCACUUAGCUUCAUCAGUGAGGCCUGAAGGCAGGAUUACUAGGAAUUUAUUUCUACAGAGCCAGCCUAGAUGACAUUGUAUUGUAUCUAUUUCUACCUUGCGAAACAUUUGUUUCUUGAUUGGUUACUGAAACACUCUUAAGUCUCCAUUUUCUCUAUGAAAUAGUGAAAACACUUAACCUCAGGGUCAUUUGGGGAUUACAGGGAUUGAGGAAAGAGAAGCAUGUACCAGCCUUACCAACAGUAGAUGCUCAAUGUGUGCUUCUUUCUCUUUCCCCUUCUCCCCAAAUACGUUCGGCAGACUGACUACUUUAAAGGAACAGAUGCAUUUGUGGUUCUUGCAGCUCCUUUUAGGAGCUAAGCACUGGUUACACUGAUUUGGUUUGUAGCUUCAGUAUUUUUUGUUGUAAGUCACCUGAACCUUGGUCUGGCACCUUCAGUGAUAGUUAAUUUUCUUCCCUAAGGUGAACUACACCGAAUAUUUCUUAUGCAUGCCAACACUGAAGCUUUGGUCUGAGUAGCUCUUACCUAACACCUUCAGCCGUAGACCCCUGGGAUUCUGUCUUUCCUCCCAAUAAGGUACAUGUGGAUUUGUUGUUGGCAGUACAUUGAUUUAUGUAAGUUAAUGGUGGCCUUUUAUGCAUCCAGGAGAUGUUAUAGACCAAGGAUAUAGGCGUGCACAAAAGAAAAAAUUCAUACCCUCAUGGAGUUUAUAUUCCAGUAAACAAUAAAAAGGAGAAUGGUUAUGCUUUUCUGCUCCUUGCAGUUAGACAGGGCCCUCAGCCAUUUUGGUCAGUGGGUUGUGAGCAGAAUCCUCACUUCUGGGUUGAAACUGAUGCUCUCCUUUCUUGCCCCAAUCAUGGAAGCACAUACAGAGACAGGAACCAUGAGAUGAAACUAGUCUAGAAUGCUGAGUUCUUCACAUGGCAGGUCAGUUCUUCUCAUUAGUCUCCUAGACCUAUAAGGGACUUUUGGACUUUAUGGGAACAAGAAAUAAACUUUUGUGUUUAACCACUGGGA